AUGAAUUUCAAAGCACAACUGCAGAAUUUCUCGUCGAUUCUUUCCCAGCCUUCGUAUUAUCCUGCGAACUUCACAAUCACCAAAAAACCCGACUUGAUAGAAGGGAUUCCCGACGGAAUACUAGCUUUGAUAGCGCCAAUAGUAGCUUAUUGGACUUAUUCGUCAUUUUUCCAUAUUGUAGAUGUUUACGAACUAGCUGAGAAGUACAGAAUCCAUCCAAGUGAAGAUGAGUUGAAAAGAAAUAAAGUGACUCUACAUGAGGUUGUAAGGGAUGUCAUAUUGCAACACGUUAUUCAAACUGUAGCUGGGUUAACUGUCUACUACUUUGAUGCUACUCCUCAAACUGGUUUCGAGUUUUAUACAAUGUGGCAAUUGAAACAUAAUUACUUACCAUCAUUUGUGCCCGACUUUGUUGUUUAUUAUGGGUAUAUGUACGGAUGGUCUUUUUUACGCUUGUGUCUUGCAAUCUUGAUAAUAGACACAUGGCAAUAUUGGUUACACCGUCUUAUGCAUGUGAACAAGGCAUUAUACAGAAGAUUCCACUCAAGACAUCAUAGGUUGUAUGUGCCAUAUGCGUUUGGAGCUUUAUAUAACGACCCUCUUGAAGGGUUUCUUUUGGACACCGCUGGAAGUGGGCUCGCUUCACUUAUUGCAGGAUUAUCCCAUCGCGAGCAAAUUGUUUUGUAUACAUUUGCAACUUUAAAGACAGUUGAUGACCAUUGCGGAUACAGACUCCCAUUUGAUAUUUUUCAAAUGAUAUUUCCAAAUAACUCAGUUUACCAUGACAUUCACCAUCAAAUAUGGGGCAUAAAGAGCAAUUUUUCUCAACCAUUCUUUACAUUCUGGGAUACGUUCAAUAGAACUCAGUACAAAUUUGUUAAUGAGUACAAGGACUUGCAAAGUCACAUCACGUUGAGCAAAUACAAGGAGUUUUUAGCCAAAAAGACAAGAUCUGGUCCAAGAACCGAAACGGAAAAGGAACUUUUCAAUCAAGAGAUGGAAAUUACAAAAGAAAUUUCUUUUGAAAGUAAAAAGGAUAUAUAA